UAUCGUUGUUCUAGUUAUAAAUUCUUACGAUUGGCGGACAAUCGUGUUAUCCGAAAGUUCAUUCUAAAAUCUUCAAGAGACAACUUAACGUUAAUCAUUUGAUAGUGACUAAUUAACAGUGAAUUCUAAAGUAUAGUUACGUUAAUUCGUAAUGCAACUCUAUAGAAUGGUGUAACUAAAUAUGUGAUCAUCAUCGUCCACGUUCGACUAUAACGAGAAACUCGCCAUCUUAGUCAAUCUUAAACCUGCGAACCGUGUCGAGUCGAAAUCUCUAUGGAACUUUUCUCUUGCGCUUUCGACCGUUUCGAUACGGUUUUCAGGUAACAAAAAAAAGAAAAGAAAAGAAAAGAAAGAAAAAAAGAAGAUACGUAGACAGUAUUAUCCUUGUGUUAACAGCUAUUGUCUAAUAUUCACGUUGAUAUCGCGACCAGGCGAAUGGAAUUAAUUUUAUUUCUGUGUCUACGUUCGUCGUUGUGUACUACCAGUAACAAUUCUUCUUUACCGAAGAGCGAACGGAAAAAAAACUUUGGAUAAUCUAAAUCUUUAACUCGAACGUUUAACGUUCUAAAAAAAUCUCUAAGUUCAUCGAUACGUCGUUGAAAGAGAUCGAACAAAAAUAAAAAAAAUAAAAAAAAAAAAUAAAACGAAAAGAAAAGAAAAGAAAAAAGAAAGAAAGAAAGAAAGAAAAAGAAAAAAGAAAACAACGAAGGGAUCGUGAUAUUCUCUACAAUAGUGGGAUGAUACAUUGAGAGUGGAGGAGGAUUCCUGCAUGGACCGUUCUCAAGACAAAAAAAUAGAAACUAUUGGCAGGAUGACGGCCAUGACGCAGGAAGAAAUAAUAGCUGGGGCACGUACAGUGGCCCAGGGAUUGGAGGCUCUCCGUGUAGAACACAGUGGUCUAUUACAGGGAUUACAAUCGCAGGAUGCACCAGCUGCACGAGAUAAAGCCAAUCUGUUAUCGAAGAACAUCGAAAUGAUAGAAUUGGGUUUAGGAGAAGCUCAAGUGAUGAUGGCAUUAGCGAGUCAUCUGCAAAUGGUAGAAGCAGAGAAACAAAAACUUAGAACUCAAGUUAGAAGAUUGUGUCAAGAGAAUGCGUGGCUGAGAGACGAACUGGCAGGAACACAACAAAAAUUACAAGCUAGUGAACAAGCGGUUGCUCAACUGGAAGAGGAAAAGAAACAUUUGGAAUUUAUGACCAGUAUGAGACAAUAUGAUCCUGAUCCUUCUGCAGAUGAUGAAAACGCUAAAGAUAGGCCCAAAGAUGAUCCUGUAGUUGAUUUGUUUCCUGAUGAUGAUGCUGAUGACCGAAAUAGUAAGUCAAUAUCACCUACACCGCCAUCACAAUUCGCACAGCAAGUCAAUGCUGGAUAUGAAAUACCAGCACGUUUGCGUACUCUGCACAAUUUGGUAAUACAAUACGCGAGUCAGGGACGUUAUGAAGUAGCUGUACCUUUAUGCAAACAAGCAUUGGAAGAUUUGGAGAAAACUUCCGGUCAUGAUCACCCUGAUGUUGCAACAAUGUUAAAUAUCUUGGCAUUGGUAUAUCGAGAUCAAAAUAAAUAUAAGGAAGCAGCUAACCUUUUAAACGAUGCUUUAGCUAUAAGGGAGAAGACGCUUGGUGAAAAUCACCCUGCAGUUGCAGCAACCUUAAAUAACCUUGCAGUUUUAUAUGGAAAGCGAGGAAAAUAUAAUGAAGCAGAACCAUUGUGUAAGAGAGCCCUUGCAAUUCGAGAAAAGGUUCUUGGAUAUGAACAUCCAGACGUAGCUAAACAAUUAAACAAUCUUGCGUUAUUAUGUCAAAAUCAAGGAAAAUAUGAAGAAGUAGAACGUUAUUAUCAGCGGGCUUUAGAAAUAUAUGAAGCAAAACUUGGUCCAGAUGAUCCUAACGUAGCCAAAACGAAAAAUAAUCUUGCUUCUUGUUAUUUAAAACAAGGCAAAUAUAAGGGUGCCGAAAUUCUAUAUAAACAAGUAUUGACUAGGGCACAUGAAAAAGAAUUUGGUGCUAUUGAUGAAGAUAACAAACCUAUUUGGCAGGUUGCGGAAGAACGAGAAGAAAAUAAACAUAAAAAUAAAGAAAAUACUCCUUAUGGUGAAUACGGUGGCUGGCAUAAAGCGGCUAAGGUCGAUUCCCCAACGGUUACAACUACAUUGAAAAAUCUUAGUUCCCUAUAUAGAAGACUAGGCAAAUAUGAGGCUGCAGAAACUCUUGAAGACUGUGCCUUCAGAUCAAGAAAAGAGCAUGUACAGCAGGCAUUAGAUCUAGUGAAACAAGCUAAGGUGGCUCAAAUAUUAGGAGAUGAAAAAGGAACUACUAGACGUGGAUCACGAUCGAGUUUGGCUAAUAGCGAACACGAACAACACGACGAGGGUUCGCUGCCACUGGUGCAAAGGGCGCUACAUGAAGGACAAUCUGGCCACCACGACGCUAGUCCUAACAAACCCGGUUUUAAAAACAAGAUCUUUCAAGCUUUCGGGAUUCAUUCUUCCACGUAGGAUAAUUGUCCGUUUGUAGUAUCGCUUGUCACUGAUUUUUCCCUAUAUGUACGCAGAUUUUAAAGUACUGCUGAAUAUCUAUAUUCUUAGGAAAGGAGGGCAAUUGAAUAUUAAGGGGAUCCUUAUUUUAGGUAUCCUUUAACUUCACACAAUUAUCACAUUGUGUUCUAAAAUGCUGAAGAAUACUAUAAUCGUGCGAUAUAUGUCUCUCGUAGAGUUUGUCUUUUUAGGGACAUGUACAACUGGCUGUACACGUGUGUUUCUCUGUGCUUCUCGGAAUUGAAUAUAAUUUCAUUGCACAUGCAUAAUUUUGAGAAGAGAAACGUCAGUACCUUUUCUUCUAUAAUCUGCAAUGUAUUAUCAAAAUACAGUGCAAUCAAUUUUCAUCGUUCACAUCGGAUAUACAUUGUAGAAAACAAUGAAGCGUUAUUAAUCACUUCCAAUCUUUAACUGUGAUAACGCCUUGUGUUUAUUUUUUUAACGUAAAUAUGAGAAGAUCAUAAAUAACGUUUUAAAAAGAUAUUUUCAAUCGAAGGCGCUUGAUAUGAUAUAAUAUAUAUUUGAUUAUUUUAAAUUAUGUGUCUUAUAGAAAUACAUUACUAUAAAUUUUACGCUUGUAUUCGAUCGCGAGAAUAUUUGUAAUAUCAAUAAUUAUUUGAACCGCUUAUUCUCGUAAAAAGUAACAUUAAAUAUGUCACUUACAUUUCACGCCUUAUGCUUCCUUAAUGGAAAAAUUUAGAAGUUCUAUUUUAAUGUACUAUUAAUUUUUAACUUCUAUUAAGAAUAAUUUUACUAUCGAUAAGAGAUAUUAAAUUAUUUGUUACGCAUUAUAACCUUAUUAUCUCUGUGAAACCAAAAGUAGUGUGCAAUGACACACAUGUGGUGAAGAUAGAAGUUUUUAGUAACAGCUUUGCUCAACUAUAUAGCUUGGUAUAGAUUAGCAAAGAUAAUUUAUAAAAAUUAGAAAAUACGAACCAAAUGAAGUUUAUGGAUUUUUACAAAUAAUUUUAUAUUUAUUCAUUUUAUAUUUUGAUGAAUUUCAUCUUAAUCUCGAAUUUAGGUAUUCCAUUACAUUUGGAAAUGGUUGGUUCUUCCCUAAACUCUGAAUUCUUCAGGAAAUUAUUUUUAAAUCUUCAUACAAUAACAUUGCAAUUUCAUUUACAAGUUUUACCUAUUGACAUUGUCACAAUUGUAUUUUGUUAACUAUCUUGUGAUAUAAGGUGUCUCGAAAUUAUUUUUGUAUUCCCGUGUAUUUAAGAUAUUAACUUAUGUGUAUAAUAUAAAGAAAAUAUUUUGUGCAAUUUAUUAAUUUAACUAUAUAUUUUUCAUUCAUAUGAUAAUAUAGUUGAAAAUUUGUCUUGCCUAUAGUUUAUAAAGAUCUCAGGAGAAUACAUAAAAAGAACUAUUUCUUCCAAUUGUUAUUUAUUCGAGACACCAUAUACCGAGUUCUGGUGAAUGAUAUCGAUAUGAUAAUAUCUUAUACUAUCUUUUUACUUUCCUAUAGGUAGGAUGAAACGCUGUAUUAUAAAUUAAUUCUUAGUACUUUUCUUUAAUUUAUCACUUACAAACAUGAGUAAUAAGUAAAAGUAGUGCCUUGAUACUUUAAUAAAUAAAAAAAUAAAUUAUUUUCUAACAGAGUAAUUUAAUUGUUACUUGACUGACAUCGUAUAAUAUUUAAUGGCUCUAAUAGAGCAUAUUAAUAUUCGUAGGAAUGUUAUAAAGAAAAGUAUAGUUACACCCUGAAUGGUGUUAUUAAUAUUUGAGUUACAUGCAUUUUGUUUCUGUUUUGUAUGAAGCUAUACAAAGGAACAAUUCUUGUAUGAAAACUUUUUGUAUUAUGAUAACUAAAUCUUGCAUUAAUUUUCCUCGCACGCAUUUGUGUUUAACCACACUGUUCUACUAUUUUGGAAUAUCUGCGUUGUUGUUUUGUUUCGCUUUGAUUUGAGUACUGCAGGCCAGAACUUAGGUAUGGAUUGCACUGGAAUAUAUGACGCCUGGACAUCAGAGAAAAGAUAUCAUGGCAUAACAAAACAGGAUCAGAAGUACUCAGUUCGUGCUCAAUAAAGAACAUGGUAUAAGAGAACUGAAGUGAUAAAUAUGAAGCGAUUAUAAGGGCUCUGCAAUGUUUUUAUCAAACAUUGACUGAUGUCCUGUGUUUGGGUCGUUUACAUAUACGGCACAUUCCAGCUGCUUUUAAUGAGAUGCACUAUGUGAAGUUCAUUUUAUUCAAACAUUAGCUUUACAUUAGCAAUCGAUUAUUUGUUAUAGCAGUUUCAAGGUAAAUCGAUCUACUCUGCUUAACAUUUAUCUGAAUCAAAAUGCAAGCUGUAAUGUUGGUAUACAAAAAUAAGUUUUACUUUUCCUGCAAAAUCAAAGAAAAUAUUGACAAUGAUACUGGCCAAAUCCAAACUUUUGACAAAUUUAAUGAAAUUAUAAAAUAAUAAUGAACAUUAUAAUUAGUAUUGGAUUUCUAUACAUUUUUGAUAGUUUUAUGCACACAUAUCUUACAUUAUUCAUACAUGCCCUAUAUGACAUUGCAUAAUCAUUCCAUAAACUAGCUUCAAUUCAAAGCGAAUCAGUGCUUUAGGGAAUGUUUGUAUGUCGCUUGAAAAUUGGAAUACAUGUAGCAUUACACUAUGCACGUAGAAUUAUGUGAGCAUACCGUCAAUGUAGUUAAGGCUAUCAAAGUGUAUAUUUAAAAAAAUACAAUGCCAGAGCAUUUUGAAAUAUUACAAAUUUAAUGUCUGUAUUAACUGGAUUGGCAUAACAAUAUACAACUUUAAAAAUAAACAGAUUUUCAAUUAUUUGCAUAUAUAUGUAUAUAUAUACAUGCAUAUAUUCGCAAUACUUAAUUUAUAUUGUCAUGUUUUCUGUAUUAUAAUAUUAUGUAUCGGGAAUAAAACUUCAUUUACUUUAACAUCGUAUCAUCUUCAUAUUGAACUAUAUAUUUAUAUUUCAAGCCACCAACUUUGUGAUAGGCUGUGAGUGGCAUAUUAUUUUUAAGUUUAAGAGAGAAGUAUGAAGAACUUUUGAAUCCGUCAAAUCCAUUUAUACCAUAGAAAUAUGGUAAUCAAAAUAUGUGAUUGUGCAAGUAAUAUUGUUGCAUUAAUCGUUAACUGUAAUCCUUGUUUUGUUUAUAAGAUUAUGAUCAUCCCAUUAUAUGCAAUAUGAAGCUAUUAUGAAAAAAUAUAUUGGUCUUACUAAUGUGCACUGUAUUAGAUCUGUCAUUAUUGUUUUGGUGCUUUUUUAAAUAUUUUAUAUAUACAAGUACAUUUUAAAUCAGACAAUUUCAGGAGAUAUAUAUUUGAUAUUUUUAAUAUCAUUUAAUUAUAUUAUCAUCUGAAUUAAGUGAAAAUCCUUUUUUGAAAGAAUGUAUUAUGUUUCAAAAUUUUAAAGAAUUUUCUUUCCGUUAAAAAAAUUAUAUUUUAACUAUAUCUACUUUAAUAUUUCAUUAUCAUUUUUAAUUUAUACGUUGUGUUUAAAUAUUAACUUUACGUGUGCUCUCAAUACAAUUGCUCAUGCAUUUAAAACAGAUAUCAUGCGCCUGAGAGCUCAGAGGCCUAGAUUUUGAGACGUUUAAUAUGUGGUAUAUAAAUUUUAUUACAUAAGAAAAGUUACUAAUAAAAGUGUUCACGUGGAGUUGUAGAGUGAUCUACAAUUUUAUUAGCACUAUAUUGUUCAAUUGACAAAUACUGCACUUCAAUAUAAAUAAAUAUAAAGAUUAUUCUUUUCCUCUAUUAAGAUUGGCCAUGAAGAUAGAAACAAAAUUAAUAUAAAUAUAAAGUUGUUAUAUAAAGGACUGCAUGUUAAUUAUGCAAAUGCUACUUCUAUAAAACAUUUACAAUCGAAAAAAUAACUAUAAAAUUUAAUUUAUGUAUGAAACGUAUCUGUAUUUUAUUGAAUGUUUGCAUUAUAUUGUGUUAUAAGUUUUAAUUACUAUUUUCUUUUUAAGAAUGUAUUCUUAUAUAUACUAAUAGCAUGUAUUGUUAAUUUCAUAAAAUUUGUUAUUUUCAUCAUACCAUAAAAUGCAUUGAUAUUUUACUGCGCCUACAGAGUUAAAUCGUUGAUUGGAUUCAAUAUGCAAGAUCUAUGCUAAUAGUGUUUGUUACUAUUUUGUAUUUGAGAAUGAAUGUGCGAUACAAUAGUUAACACUCAAGAAACUCAUAUACUUACUCAUCAGCAAGUAUAUAUAUCGUUUUAACGAGAAUACAUAUACUAACAAUACAAUAUUUUAGUAUUGUAGCUCUCAGGUGCAACUAUUGUUAUUUGAUAAUAUGUAAGUAACGAUUUAUAAUAAAUAUUACAACUUGUAUUACUACCCAUA